AUGAUCAACACAGAUUUCCUUUCCUGCGCCGAGUCAUUCACCACAACACCCAGAGAUAAGACUUGGCUGGAAUCGACAGCACACAUUGUCGCGGAUAUGGGAUACCAACCGAAUCGAUAUGCAGAUGGAGUCUGCCCGCCUUGCGGAUAUUACGAUGUCGAAGCAACUGGUACCGAUUGCCUAGUCGACAUACACACUGAGGACCAGAUUGCCGCCGAGAACACCUCUCUUGACUCUGCUGAACAACUGGCUAGAGAUCCCGAUCGCGCAGCUUAUAUCGAGGAUCUUCCCACUCUCCGCGGCAUAGAUCUAAUCGAUUUUGUUGACAAGAUCGUCGCAAAAGCCGCUUCUGACAACCCCAAGAAGAAGAUGAAAGAGAAGGCUCUGGCCUUGCAGGCCGAUGUCAUGCCCAGACUGGGCAAGAAGAGAUAUUUCGAAAUCGUCAAGUUCUACACAUCAUUCCUAGUGAGGCUCUGGGGAGCAUAUAUGAGGAGGGGAAGCGGACAAUCGGUAUGGCAGGCAAGGACCUCCCACUGGAAGCACAGAAAACAAACUUGGUUCAUAAAGAGCAAAGGUAUCAUCUACCGCGACCUCCCAAUUCGAAGAAAGAGAAUGUGGUCAAAACUAUCUCACUCAAGCCAUGGCCGACUGUAUCUUUACAAGCAGGUUAGAAUCUCUCUCUGA